UCUGCAAUAUGCCCACACCGAAGUGUUUCUUCUAUGGGGCCGGUCAGGUCAGUAUCUAGGGAUGCAGUAUCGUAUCUGCAGUCUGUGGUGCUCUUCUCAUGGUGACUCCUGCGUUUACUUUGAACUGGCAUCUACAUCUACUGGCUACUCUUGCUGCCUACACGCAAGCAUUGCAACUUUAGUGCUCUACAAUCCACACAAAAGCGCGGCGGUACCAGUGGUGCUGAGCACUUCUAACGGAUAUGCAGCAUCCUGGCAAUUAAUUAGUCUACAAAAGCGCACGUGUACUGCGGGGGAACAUCCACAGCCCUUCAUCAACUCAGUCCUCAGUAUUAAGUAGCCACUACAUUCUUCUUUGUUUCGGUCAGCAUCAGUUUCAUAAUCAUGCCACAAUCUGAAUCUAAUGGUCAUACGACCGAUGAUUCGGAGGAUGCCAGGGCUACAGCCGUACCAAGUCAUGUCGCGCGCUGGUUGGGUGAAAGACCUCGAGAGGAGUAUUACCAUGGGCAGUCGGCGGUACCUCCAUUGUAUUAUGACUUGCCAAUGAUAAACGAAAACGAAGGAACAAAUUCGAAUUGCGCGGAGUUCCCUAGCAAUCAUGACCCGUCGGAAAAUACCACAGCCUCAGAACAGCUUCUGGACAACCAAAACCGCCAGCUAGAAUCUGGAGAAUCCAUACGGAAUAGACAGCGCACCAUUCACAGCCUAUUAGCGCAACACAUAAGAGACGGAAGAAGGCCGGUUGAACCACCCCCACAAUCUGAAGACAUCUGCGUUCCCAUGACACCGGAAUCCGAGGAAGAUGUUAUAGAUUGCGAAAGCGAAUUUCAAGAUCUCGAAACCAGCCCCAGUUGGGUUCCUGAUGGGAAUGUUCUUUAUUCCUUACAGUUGCAGUGUAUCCAGCGGCUGGUAGAAUCUUUCUAUUUGCGCUCGUCAUGUGCUUCCGAACAGGAAGGAUCGGGAUCCACGAAUACAUCGAGGAGAAGUGGAAAACGCCAAGCAUCCUCGCCGCCUUCGGGAAACAACUCUCGAAACCUCAGUUCUAGAAGAUCUACGAGACCACAUGAUGGUAGAAAUAAGAAGGGUGGCCAAGGAGAAGAUGACGAUGAGGAUGAAGUGCGCAAUCCACCACUCAGGCCAGUGAACAACAGUACGAAAUUGACCCAGCUUUUGGCCUGUCCCUUCGUGAAGCGAUACCCGAGACAUUACGAGACGUGCUACGGGCAUGAAUUGAGGAAUACCUCGCGUGUUAAACAACACUUGGUCCGCUACCACAGCUUGCCUAUAUACUGUCCGACAUGUACUGUCACGUUCUCAAAAGAAGACAUACGCGAUGAACAUAUACGGGAGGGGAAGUGUACCAAGAGACCCCCCAGGAAAUGGCAAGGUAUGACAUCCAAUCAAAGGAAACAAAUAGGAAAACGUUCUUUAUCCAGAGAUUCGGAGCUACAGAAGUGGAACGCAAUCUACGAAAUUCUCUUCCCCGGUGAUCCAUUGCCAGUCAGCCCAUACCUUGACCCGAGUCUCUCCAAAGAACUGCGAGCUUUUAGAGAGCACAUCAACUCAGAGGUUCAGUCUGUUUGGGAUGAGAUUCUCCGCUCACAGUUGCCAGAGAAUCUGCAACCACACUUGGGAGAGUUGCAAUCGUUCCAUCGUUCCUUCUACCAUGCAGCAUUCGAUAGUCUUUACGAAAGUUGGAACUCUAAAUCCGCGACUACGCAGCCUCUGACCUCGGGGCAUAAUUCGACGUCUGUAUCAGGAGAGAACGAGGCUCAAGCAUACGCACCCAGCAAAUCAAUUGCAGACUUAUCACAGUCACAAUCGGAAUCAGAAUCUACAUUCCAUAGGAAUGUUGUUGACAGUGGCCAAAUUGAUUAUGCGUCAGCAUCAAAUCAAAGCAUACUGAACCAUCAAAAUCAACGAUUCCCAGUACCCGAGGAGUCUCAAAACUUUUGCGCCCAUCAACAGAUACCCGAUAUACUUCUCGACACUUCUUAUCUUGCAUCGGAACCACCACUUCGCUUUCCGCUAGGGGAGGGCUCUGACUUUCCAUCAUAUACGUCAUAUGGAAGCCAUAGCACCACUAUGCAAGCGCAGCACGAUAAUGAAUGGUCGCAUCUCCCGUAUCAUCCGAUUUCUUCACCGGCAUUCGGACACGUGUCAGAGCAGUCAUGCGAUGAUAGUUCACUAGAUGCACACGUCGCACACCCAUCGGCAUAUCUGACUCUCGAAAACGCAGCAAUCCAGCCGGACUCGACUUCGUUUUCGUCUUUUGAAAGGCCGAUGACCUCAAAUUCACAGCAAACGAGACCCUACCCGGGACUUAUACGAGGAUUCAAUCAUGUCUUAUACUCCGAAAUGAAGUAG